CAUAGCACUAAUAGCUUAAAAAUGUUCUUGAGUAUUCAAGAAUUGACGGUUAAUAAGGAAACGGCGAAUGGCUUCUACACGGCAUUGGGAAAAUAUUGGGAGUGUUUGCUCGAUCCCUUUGGAGUUCCUUUCAGUCAAUAUUGCUUUAAAUUGUUUUAUACAAUUUAUACACACUUCACCUUAUAUAAUUUGAUGAUAUUCCUCGUAAAAUGCGUCCCGACAGGCAUUUACAUGUAUAAAUUCAUAAAAAAUAUAUAUAUCGAUUCUCGUGAAAGAUUGAAACAAAAAGAAAUAGAAUUAGAAGACAUAAGACUGCAGAUUCAGAUAAUCAAUACUAAAAUAAAACUUCGCGAUGCUGAGUUUGCGGAGCGAGGAGAGCUGCUGAGACGAAAGGUCGAGCAACUUCAUCAUGUGAGAAAGCGUGUUCAAGAAAUAAUUGUGUCCGAUGAGGAGCUCCGGACGACGAUAAACGGAAACGCACCUUGGGAAGAGGAAAAAGAUUGUAAUGUCAGUAGCACGCCUGAGGAAGAGUGCAAAUUUAUAAUGGAAUUACUAGUGAAACUGAAGGCAGAUCACAUGAUAACACCGGAACGAGAUCGAAUGAAAAUGAACUACGGCGAACAUUCUUCCGAGCCCGUCAAUGAGGAAGACAGCGUUUACUCUUCAGCAAACGACGUAAACAAACAAGACUAUCACGUCAAAAUCGUCAAAGUAACUAAUGUUUACAAAGUAGCCUAUCUCCGUCAUUUCAUUAAACAAAAGAGACUUCGACGCGCCAACAAGCAAGCCAUUUUGAGGAAGAAGAUGGACAGCAUUAAGAAACUUUUAGAUGAUUGGCAAAAAACAUUAAAGAUGGUCAUCAAUAACAAACUCAUAAAUCUCGACUCGAAAAACAACAUAGAACUGGCGUCCCAGGAGGCAAUGGGCGAUUUCACGAAACCGAAAUUCAACAAUUCUUCGGAUUCGGACAGCGAUUACAGGAAUAGUACCGGUAGUUGUCAAGACGAUUACUGUGUUAGCUGGUCACAGAAUCAAUACAGACCCGUAUGUAGUUACGAUGAAUUCAACACGAAUUUCGAAAACAGAAGUGACUGUUACGAUUUGGAUGAACGUUGCACCAAAUACAAGAGUCACGAAGAAGUAUGCGACUGUACGGCUACUGGUAUUUUAUUCGUCGUCCCAGAAGAAACGAAUAGUCAAGUAGCAAUCGAAGACAUUAAAAGUGACAACGCGUGAAAGGCUAUAUUAAUUUAUCCUUCGAUGUAUUUUAUUAUAGUUUAAAAUGUUUGCUCGGAUAAAAAAUUGUUUUCUAAUAUGAUUUUUA